UAUCAAUUAAAAAUGUCAUCUGAAAAUACUUUCCACGGCUGGGCCAUUACUGCUAAAGACAAACCUUUGGAAUGGAUCGAGUUACCUUUAAAGAACUUUGACCAAGACAGUGUUGAUAUGAAGGUCAGCCAUUGUGGUGUCUGUGGCUCUGAUAUCCAUACUCAAGAAGAAGAUUGGGGUAAGACUGAUUUCCCCUGUGUUACUGGCCAUGAAAUUGUCGGUGAAUGUACACGUGUAGGUGAAAACGUCAAGCAUAUUAAGGUCGGUGAUCGUAUUGGUGUCGGUGCUCAAUCUGGCUCUUGUGGUGAGUGUAAGGAAUGUAAGAGAGGUGAUGAAAACAUCUGUCAAGGCCGUUGUACCUAUACCUAUAACAGCCGUUACCCUAACGGUGAUAAGUCUUUCGGUGGUUAUGCUGACAAGUGGAGAGGUCACCAACGUUUCGUUUUCAAGAUCCCCGAUAAUAUGACCAACGAAGUUGCUGCCACUUUCUUCUGUGCUGGUGUUACCACUUACUCCCCCUUCAAGCGUUACGGUGUCAAUGCAUCCAGCAAGGUUGGUGUUAUCGGUAUUGGUGGUCUUGGUCACUUUGCUGUUCAAUGGGCUAAGGCCAUGGGUGCCGAAGUUGUUGCUCUUUCCAGCUCAGACAGAAAGCGCGAUGAUGCCAUGGAACUUGGCUGUGAUUCAUAUGUUGUUACCAGCAAGCCUGAACAAGUUGAACCCCACAAGGGUACAUUCACUCAUAUUCUUGCUACCCAUAUCAGUGAGGACUUUAACUGGGGGAUGUACUUCAAUUUGAUCGAUACCAACGGUUACUUCAUCAUGGUUGCACUUCCUGAAGCUCCUCUUUCCGGUAUUCCUUCCAUGAUCUUGGCCAGUCGUCAAAUUGCUCUUGUAGGUUCAAUGAUUGGUUCUCCUGCUAUGAUUGAGGAUAUGUUAAACUUUGCCGCUGAACAUGAUGUUAAGCCUUGGUUGAACAAGUAUUCCAUGAAGGACUGUAACGAAGCCAUCCAAGCCUUUAAGGACGGAAAGCCCAGAUACAGAAUCAUCUUGGAAAACUAAUUUGUACACCUUCAUUUCCCCUUGUAUAUCCACAUAUUUUAUAGAACUCGCAAUAAAUGUAUUUUCAAAUUUUCAUU